ACCUGUCUUCCACUCUCUCUCUCUCUCUCUCUCUCUCACUUCUCUAUCCAUAUGUGCGGUGCAUUUUCCAGACAACAAACUACCACCGCACAACAAACGUGAAAUACACGAUUUUUUUUUAGACUUUGAAACAGAAUUAUUUUAAGUAAAACUGAAAACAGAAUAUCGCCGUCGCUUUUGCAUAAACAUGGCAGAGAGGAAUAUUACAUAUUUUCUGCUAUUCUUAGCGAUGGUGUGGUCGGUUCAAGGAAAUCUGAAACCAGCCAACUUAACAUGUUACGAAUGCAACAGAUUUCGCGGUAGUGUUUUAGAUACGUGCGCCGAAGACGGUCACCUCCAAAGAAAAAUGAAGGGCUGCUACGCAUGUUUAAAAGUUCACACUCGAAUGGAGAUGCACGAUUACUGGAAUCGACCGAAAGUGGUCAUCUACAACUCCUUUUCCUGCGCCGUAAGACCUACCUACGUGAAACCCGAAGGUUGUUAUCUAUCCACAGGGUCCAGAAGUCUCACCAAAGUGUGUUAUUGUUAUGAUUACUUAUGUAACUCCGCCAAUAUUCUUCCUGGCAAGUGGAUGCCUUUGUUGUUUCUCUUCCAGUUCCUCGUUAUUAUGACAAUAAAUCGGAUGUGGACACUUGACUAGCUGACUAAAAAUGAUCAUAUACAUACACACACACAUACAUGUGUGUGUGUAUAUAUACGUAUAUAUAUACAUACACAUGUACAUAUAAGUUUCAUACACAUGCAUACAUAUAUAUAUAUAAGCCUCAUUAACUUAUUCCAUACCCACAUAUUCACACACACGCGCACACACACACACACACACACACACACACACACACACACACACUCACAAACACACACACGUCUGCACAGAAAUUGGUUGAUUCGAUGUUUCAUAUAUUUACUUAUGUAUACACACGCACAUAUACACACAAAUAUAUAAUUAAGCAAGGAAAUGGAGAGAUUUAAUUGAUAAAAUUAAUCAACUAAUUAAUUAAUUUUAUCCAUUAACUCUCUCCAUUUUCUAGCUUAAUGAUAUUUGAUAUUCAUAAAAUACUUAUUGAAGAAUUAUGCGCGCGCGCGCAUAUCUUCCUAAACGAGAAAAGCCAUGAAUCAUGAAAUUUCGAGAGGUGGAUAAAUGGGAAGUCGUGGCCUUUAUGCCUUAUAAAAUCAUAGACUUGAUAACAUCCUACUUUCCGCUCUUCGACACUUCUAAUAGCUUUAAUAUUCGCCCAUAAUGUGUUGUCUGUCGGGAGGGUCAUUAUGUCAUUAAUAAACAUGCACUGGUUCUAUUUUACUUCUAUAUUGUCUAUUUUUGUUAGUUUCUUUACUUAGAUAAUAGAGAAGGGAAAUGUAACCAGUGUGUGUGUACUUAUUAUUGGUAUAAUGACUCUCCCGAGAUACAACACUGUAGUAGUAGGAAAGAAAGGAGAAAAACCGAGCAACGAAUACAAAAGGAUAUAAUCAAAUGAAAAGAGUUUGAGAUGCAGUAAAUAGUGAGAAAGACAAAAAAAAAAACAUAAUAAAGAAGUUUUAUAGAACCAGUGCAUGUGUUUACUAUAGCAUAAUGACCCUCCCGAGAUACACACACUAUA